AUGGAUCCAGAUACCCCGCCCACCGAACCAGCGCCCUCCGCCUUCAGCUACAUUCUCUCCUUCAUCCUCGUCGGAAUCGCAUGGGGCUUCACGACACCCUUCAUCCGGCGCGCCGCGGUGGACUUUAACAAACGUCAAGAAGAGACGAAUCGAUUGAAUGCUGCCAGCACCAAUGACAAUGAAAAUGACGACGACGAUGACGACGACGAUACAAUCACAAUCCCGGUGCAGUCGCAGCGGGGCGGAUUCGACAUCAAGAAGAAGUUAAGCGCGUUGUUUUGGACGGUGGUUAAUCUGUUGCGGACGCCGGCCUAUGCGAUUCCGUUGGUGGUGAAUUUGACGGGGAGUGUGUGGUUUUUCUUGCUUGUAGGAAAGCAUGAACUCUCGUUGACGGUCCCUAUAUCGAAUUCAAUGGCCUUCCUAUUCACGGUGCUAGGAGAAUGGUAUGUGGAGCGAAAAGUGAUUGCGAGGGAGACGUGGUUGGGCAUGUUCCUGGUACUCGGUGGUAUAGCGCUGUGCGUACACUCCAAGACUACUGUUUGA